GAACGGUUGUCCAGCGUGAUUUCAUAUUUAAUUUUAUGAAUCUCCGCCUGUCUGAUAAAUGGUAAAUAAGUUAUAUUGUACUACUGGUGAAUAAAAAUGGUGAAGUGGAUAGAGCUAACAAAUUUCAUGUGUCCAGCAUGCCCAUUUGGUGGGGGCUCGGACUGGAUAUGCAAUAUGGACAGACUUCCAGUGUAUCUAAAUGAAGAAGGAAGUAUGAAAUGUCAGUUUGGAUCUCAUACAGGGCCACUCAUAAACUGGACAUGGAAUUGCGGAAGCGAUUACCAUAAAGGCGAGUUUUUAACGGCAGACUUCGAAGGGUUUACAUUUGCAAUGUCACAAGCAGUACAGCUCACUAGUAGGGCAGGCGCUGAGUGGGUGGCAGCUCUGCUACACAACAUCGGCAAACAGUAUGGAAAAUGAUUGAGGGUUAGAAGAAGGGUGUAAAGUUAAUUAAAUGUAAACUGACCAAUAAAAUGAUGAAAUAUAUAUAUAUAUAUAUAAAAAGCUUCCAGAAGAGUUAUAAUGAAUUCCACAAAAAGCAGGACGUAGUCAGUUUUAAAAUUCUGAAAUAUGCAGCUAUAGAUUAACACUUUACAUUUAAAAUGUGUAUUUAUAUGUAAAUUAUUAAACUAUUUUCACGAAAAUUUAUUUAUUUACUUUUUUAACCAGAAAAGGCAAUAAAGACUACAAUGAAGCUA